AUGACACAUAACCAAGAUCCAGCCCCUGGCUCCCAACCGCCCAAGGAGCAUGAGCUUCCAGACAUACUGCCCGAAAAUGCCUCGGAGGACUCUGACCGGCGACCUUUUUGGGAAGAAAUGCUCCCUGAAGCGAUGGAGGAGCUCAAAUCCAGCCGCGACGAGCCAAAGAGCCUUGCCGGUACAACGCGAAGUAUUCGGGGCUUGGAAGGAUGGGUUGACAUUGUGAAUGGACUCGAAAAGGCCAGGGCAAAUUACUACGAUUACUCAGGGUUUAUCGGAUUCUGGAAACGGUCCGCACACAAAAUGGCAGACAAUGUUGAUGAUGGAAAGAGACUUCUCUCUCUUCUGCCGAACACGGACUACUCUUCAGUGAUUCACUGUGUAUUUGACAUUGUUUUUGACGCUGCUAAGAGGACAGCUAAAAUUCGAGAAGAGAUUGAAUCAAGCCUUCGCCAAUUCCGAGAGAAGUUGGAGGAUGUUGAGAGUAUAGUUGCUGUUUACGAGAAGGAAGAGGAUAUCGUUGCUGCCGCGAAGAAGGUUCUUAGCUCAAUGCUCCAGGCGAUCGAGGAUAUCAUCGAUUACUACUGGGCGAAGAAAGGAAAGAAAAUGCUUCUGUCGAUGUGGCAAGCGGAUAGCUACAAGGCUGAUCUAACGGGCUGCCUAGAGGACCUUAAUUCCAGCAGUGCAAGACUGAUGGAGAAGGCCAAUAUCGGAAGUUUCCGUGAGCUUCGAUCAGUGAGUAUCAAAGCAUCAGAAGGGAUCGAGAAGUUGAAACAGCUCCAGCUGGAUCAGAUGAAGAUUGUGAGAGAACAAGGAAGACUAGCAGAUGCCCAGUCAGAGAUGAACAAAUCUGGUCGCAAAAUAGCAGCAGAACAACAAAGACUAGCCUCAGCCAUCGAACGCAAUGCUACUGCGAAUGAAAAAAACGCCGCAGCUAACAUGGCCAACGCCACAACUGCGUCUAAUGCCAUGAAUGCAUUCAUGCGGCUAUCACAAGAGUAUCUCACCAACCUCACUGCUUUGAACGAGCAAAAAAAGCAAAACGCAAGACUUGCAGUUCAGUAUACACGACUUCAUACCCAGCUCGAAGCAGAGCGAUCUCGCAGCCGAGACCGAAGACCUUGGAUCGGUCCAGCACGUGUAUCGCAAGCUCAGCUUCUACGAAUUCUUAACAUGAACUUGGAAUUUGACCUCUCUGCCGUUGACAAAGUCGACAUGGUGGAGAUCUCAAGCUCAGCUGCACUCGUGAAUCGCCGUGAUCAAGGGAGGGCUGAGCAUUUGGUUGAGAACGCACAGUUCAAGCAGUGGGUCGUCAGAACGAGCUCUACUGAACUGCUGGUUCACGGACACAUGAAGCCAAGUCGAACGAGUGUCACGCCUUUGUCGUUAUUUAGUGCCGCUAUUGUGCGAAAUCUUCGACAAGUCGAUCGUUUCUGUGCCGUUGCGUUCUUUUGUGGACAGCAUACCGGCCUCGAUGAUCCACUGAUUGGCGGCAUCGGACUCAUCAAGAGCCUCACAGCGCAAGUUCUUCGUCAGCAUCGCUUUGAUAAUGCGGAUCUUGAUAAAGUCGCUGAAGAAGUUAAUAUUCCUUUUUUAAGGAGAGGAGUUGAGGACAUUGGGGAGCUAUGCCAGCUGUUCUCUGUCCUUGUUCGUCGCUUACGCAGUGAUACAACACUCUUUUGUGUUAUCGACAGUGUGAAUGUUUAUGAAGAUGAAGAUAUGUUACAAGGCAUGUAUGUGGAGAAAGUACUGUUUGAGAUACUGCAGUUGACGGGCGACCAAAGGGUGAAGACGCAUGUGAAGAUUCUGUUUACCAGUGCCACAGACACGAGCACAAUCUGGAAAGCGUUCAAAGAGAAGGAUGUGCUAUCUAUGCAUGAGUCUGGUCGCUUCAGUUUGGAUAAGCAUUUUAGUGAUGAACGGUUUGCGAAGCAGGUAAAGGGGGCUCUUGAACCGUAUUAA